CUUUGCAUAUCCUUCCACACCAAAACCUUUCACUUUCAUCCUUCACAACUCUAAACAAUUACUCUUUCUGUUUCUUGACAAAAAAGAAAAAAAAAAAAUGUACCAAACAGAGUCAUCAUGGGGUUCUUACAUGCCGCCGAGAAACAUCGGCAGCUCCGGCGGUGACCCAUUAGAACGUAUAGAAAGUUUAGCUUCUGAGAAUGCGGUGGUGAUCUUUAGCAUAAGCACGUGCUGCAUGUGCCAUGCUAUAAAGAGGCUGUUUUGUGGUAUGGGAGUUAACCCUACAGUCCACGAGCUUGAUCAAGACCCAAGGGGGAAAGAAAUGGAGAAAGCUCUUAUGCGGCUUCUUGGAAGUUCUUCAGCUGUUCCUGUUGUUUUUAUUGGUGGUAAACUUGUUGGUGCGAUGGAUAGAGUUAUGGCUUCUCAUAUUAAUGGUUCUCUUGUUCCUCUUCUUAAACAGGCUGGUGCUCUUUGGCUUUGAUGAUAUUUUACAAGAAAAAGAAAAUGACUUGAUAUAUAUAGUAAAGAAAAGCAGAGGAAGAGGAGGACUUGUACUUGGAGUUUAGCAGUCUAGCUAGCUCGUCUAUUUUGCAUACACUAAUCACUCACGUGUUAGCUUUCUUUCUUUUGGGUUUCUUCUUCCUAUCGCUGACCUAUUUUUCUACAUAUGGGUCCCUUGGUUUGCUUGUGUUUUUCACUAAUCUGAGUCUUUUAAGAGAAAUGUAAUCGCUCCCUCCUCUGUAUAGAAAGAAAAAUGAAAAAAAAAAAAAAUUAUAUGUUUACUUGUUAUUGCUGUUAAUGUUGGCUUCUUUUAUUUCUUUAA